UAGUGCUGGUAUUGCUCUUGUCUCUCGCUGCCCGGUAACUGUGGAGAGCGAAUAACGAGGAAGUGUCGGUAAACUUGAAGGGGAAAAAAAAAUCAACGACUAAAUAUAUUUCUACCAACGGUUAUAUCGUGCGACGAAUGGUAGCGGAUAAAGUAUGGCAGUCAAUUUUGGAAAAGUCCAAAUCGGGAUUUAUGUCGAAAUCAAACGGAGCGAUGGACGGAUACAUCAGGCUAUGGUGACAUCAUUAAAUGAGGAUAACGAAAGUGCUACUGUGGAAUGGAUUGAAAAUGGAGAUACAAAAGGAAAAGAGAUUGACCUUGAAAGCGUUUUUGCACUAAACCCAGACCUUGCACCUGAUGAGGAAAUUGAGCCAAGCCCUGAAACACCGCCGCCUCCAACACCCUCCAUCAAAACUAACAAGAUAGUAAAGAAUCGCCGAACUGUGGCUGCUAAGAAUGAAACUCCUGCCAAAGAUAACCGAGUUGCAUCAACCCGAUCAAGACCGAGUCAGCUUCCAGAGCAUUCUUCAGCUACUCAUCAGAAUGGCAGCAUUUCUGAUAUCUCUCCAGCCCAGCCUGGAAAAAAAGAUUUUGCACCACCAUCACGCAGAAAAUCAAAUUGCGUGAAAGAGGUUGAAAAACUCCAGGAAAAGCGUGAAAAGCGGCGAAUACAGCAACAAGAGAUGAGAGAAAAAAGAGCUCAGUAUGUCACUUAUGCACCAGGUGAUUGGCAGCGGUCGAUUCAUUAUAUUCAGAUGGACGUUGACUCUACAAAUCCAAACUGGGAAAUUAUGUGCAUGAUAAGAGAAUUUAGAUCAAGUCUUGACUAUCGACCUCUUACAGCUGCUGAUCCAAUCGAUGAGCAACGAAUAUGUGUUUGUGUAAGAAAACGACCGCUAAACAAAAAAGAAAACGCAAUCAGGGAUCUUGAUGUAAUCACAAUUCCCAGUAAGGAUGUUGUAAUGGUUCAUGAACCAAAACAAAAAGUGGAUUUAACAAAGUACUUAGAAAACCAAACUUUUCGUUUUGACUAUGCCUUUGAUGAAACUGCUACUAAUGAAAUGGUUUACAGGUUUACAGCUAGACCUCUGGUGGAGACGAUAUUUGACAGAGGAAUGGCAACUUGCUUUGCGUAUGGUCAGACUGGAAGUGGAAAAACACAUACGAUGGGUGGUGACUUCACAGGGAAAAAUCAGGAUUGUUCUAAAGGAAUAUAUGCACUAGCAGCUCGGGAUGUUUUUCUAAUGUUAAAGAAGCCAAAUUACAGAAAAAUAGAACUCCAAGUGUUUGCAACAUUUUUUGAAAUUUACAGUGGUAAGGUAUUUGACUUGCUGAACAGAAAAACUAAGCUUAGGGUGCUGGAGGAUGGGAAACAACAAGUUCAGGUGGUUGGGCUUUCUGAACGUGAUGUUAAAUGCACAGAAGAUGUUUUGAAAUUAAUUGAAGCUGGCAAUAGUUGCAGAACAUCUGGUCAGACUUCUGCAAAUGCUCACUCUUCAAGAAGCCAUGCAGUGUUCCAGAUUAUUCUUCGCAGAAAAGGGAAAAUGCAUGGAAAGUUUUCUUUAAUUGAUCUGGCAGGAAAUGAGAGGGGAGCAGACACUUCCAGUGCAGAUCGUCAGACACGGCUUGAAGGUGCUGAGAUUAACAAGAGUCUUUUAGCACUCAAGGAAUGUAUCCGAGCCUUAGGUCGAAACAAACCUCAUACCCCAUUCAGAGCAAGUAAACUUACUCAAGUGCUACGAGACUCUUUUAUAGGAGAGAACUCUAGAACUUGUAUGAUUGCCACUAUCUCCCCAGGAAUGGGUUCAUGUGAGAACACACUAAAUACACUUAGAUAUGCAAACAGAGUGAAAGAGUUAAUUGUGGAUCAAAAUGGUCCAGGAGAAGGGCGGGCCAAUAUCCUUGUACCAAAUCAGCUUGAUGCUUUAGAGGCACAGUGGGGACUUGGAAGCUCUCCCCAGCGAGAUGAUCUGAAACUCCUCUGUGAACAAAAUGAGGAGGAGGUUUCACCUCAGCUGUUCACUUUCCAUGAAGCAGUGUCUCAGAUGGUGGAAAUGGAAGAACAGGUCGUAGAAGACCACAGGGCAAUAUUCCAGGAAUCUAUUCGGUGGCUAGAGGAUGAAAAAGCACUUUUGGAGAUGACUGAAGAAGUAGAUUAUGAUGUCGAUGCAUACUCCACACAGCUGGAAGCGAUCUUAGACCAGAAGGUUGAAAUUCUAACAGAACUGAGAGAUAAAGUAAAAGCCUUUCGUACAGCUCUACAGGAGGAAGAACAGGCUAGUAAGCAGAUCAAUCCCAAACGGCCACGAGCUAUUUAAAUGACAGAUACAUGCUAAGGAUUAACUGAUUCACUAAAUCCUUAUUACUGAAACUUCCUUACUAAUGUCUGCUGUGGUCACCAGAGCCCAAUCACUGGAACGCUAAGAACUUUUGGAACUACAUCAGUUGAAGCUCUCUAUUAUUUGACUUUGAAUAAUUUUUCUUCUGAACACACUCCCAUGGUAUUACUACUAAACAAAUGCUUCUAAUCCAACAGCACAAAUUCACAGGGUUAGGACUUUAUGAAGUACUUCAUUUGAAAGUUUUUGGGCUUUGCCAAGAAGCUUUGGGAAGAAAACCCUUGCCAACUUUUUUUUUAAAUAACUGUGGAGAUUAUGCUUUUAGAUACUCUGUAUUUUUUAUUUUAUUUCUAAAUUGAUGUGGUUACAUUUUGUUGUCAUAGCUGGCUGUUCAGCUUUGAAGAGUGUUUGUAUGCAUGCACAACCCAUUUGUGGUGUGAAGUAACUUCCCAUAGACCAGACUGAGCUUAUCCCUGUUUUCUCUGUGCCAGAGGCUGAAGGCCCCAAACCAGCAGGUGUCCUCAAACCAACAGGUGCCCCAACAUUAGGCAUAGCUGUUACUUAAUAAAAAUGCAUUCCUUGUUUCCUGUGUGAAUUAAUUUAUUGUGCUAUGUAUUUUUCUGUUGUAGUUGUGUGUUUGAGCCAUUCUUUGUCUAGUUUGUUCUAUUAUCUCACAAAAUACGUGCCAUAUCAUCAAUGUAUUUAAAAUGGCAGUUGGUCUGAAACAUCUUGAGAUGGUACACAAUACAGGUUAACAUUCCACAUAUAUAGUUUAUCAAUGAAGUCUUGAGUGUAGCUGUUUUGCAGUGUACACUGAAUUGUUUAAAUUACUGUAAAGUGCUUUAUAGCAUCUCAUUUUAACAGCUAUAAAAGAGUAUUGAAACUAAGGUAAAAUGAACUGUUGAGAGAGGUUGUAUUUCAAGCAACGUCAGGACAUGCACUAGGUGUAAUGGUUAUUUCUAAAUUAAAGAAUAGGAUUCAAUUUCAAAGUUUCCUCAUUACAAGGUUUUAAUUUGAGAGGUUACUUUUACUAAAAAAGAGUUAUUAAAAUAUAGAUUUAAAUGGUGAUUACUAAUGUGUUAAGACACAUGUUUUGGAGCACUGGUAACUCAAAGCUUACAAAUGAGUGUGUGGAAUAGUUUACAGUGUUGAUGCUUCACGCUGUUCAGAUGAGCAGUAGAGACAUCACUGCAAAACAAGGUUUUAAGAAAACUUUAGUCUGCUGUCCCUAGAUUUUUUUGAUUUCUGUGGCAACUUUUAUGUUGCAAACCUCAUCAGUUAUGUAUAAUAAAAAAUUUUCUUCAAAGUUCAUUUAAACUUUGUAUUGAAAUGUAGUAUUAAAGCAUUGUAAACCAUUGUACUGAUAUGAUCUGACAAAUUCCAGCUAGACAAAAAUGUACAAGUUAAUGAUUUCUCAUUUGUAACUACCAUUUGUAUACUGACGAUGCAAAGUUUUCAAUUCGUUCAUUUUGCCAGUUUACCUCCUCCAAGCAUCAGUAAAAUGUUUCUGAAUGUGAAAAGUUAAGUUUAAUGCAGCAUCCUUCCAAUUAAUGUAAAAUGUGUAUUUAAUGUCUUCAUUAAUGCAGUCAGAACUUCACAUAAUUCAUACCUGAGCCACAUUGAGGUAUGAUUUAGAGCUAGAGAUGACUGUAAUAUUUGAAGGGCUUUGAUAGACUAUUGUGUACAUUAUGAUAAAUUGACUGAAGACUGUGGACGUUCAGAAAAAUACAUUAACACUUUGGUUUUCUAUUAGUUAUCAUUUAGGAGAGAUGGUUACUUAACAUCUAUUGAGAACCCUGAUCUUGGCAGCUCAAGACAUCCAAAUGUAAUAUUCUGAUAUUUUGAAUCAUAAUAUUUUACUUUAAAUCAUUUUAGUUACAGAAUCAUUUGGAAUAGCGAGGGAUUGUGUAAAAGACUUACUUUUAAGUACAUUUUGUGAUGCUUUGGUCUUAAGUUUCUAAGUAGCCUUUUGUAAAACACCAAAAAAAAUUAAAGGAAGCUAGAAA